AAACCAGGAAAAGCAGUGUGUUUCUUUACUGGAAGCUAAAUGUGUCACACAACUUUGAAAGUUUAAUCAAAACGAAAACAUACACUGCAAAAUGCCGAAGAAGAAGCAGGCCUACAACGCUUUCUAUUUCUUCAUGAAAGAAAUGGAGCCACAAUUACGGCGGGAGGGUCGAAUUACGAACGGAAUGGCCGACGUAGUUCCACUGGCUCAUCCACGCUGGCAAGUUCUCCCCAAGGAGGAGAAAGAGAGAUAUGAACAGAUGGCCAAGCAGUACAAGGCCAAGAUGAGAGGAACGGUCGGGGACCAGUACAGAAUGGACAAUGUGGGCAACAUCAUUGCACAUCGGAAGGACCCGAAGUUGGAGGAGAGCAAGAGAAUAAAGAAGGGAAGAGAUGAGGUGGUCGCCUCUUGGAAGACUAAGGAUGUCAUGGAGGAGUACUUCUACUUUAUCAACUUCCAGGUACUUUGUCGGACAGAAGAUGGGGAUUAUCUCCCCUGUGAGAUUGCUGUCAUCGAGUACAAUCUCCAGAAGGGGAUCACAAAGAAGUUACAUCGGUUUAUUGAACCUGGGCGGAUACCGACAGGCUACCGAUACACCUGUAUGACAAACAGUGACGAAACCCAUCAGAUACCUGUGGAGAAUUUUGAAUUGUCGGAUGAAAACUACCGAGGUCUGUGGAUACAACUUGAGAACUUCAUCAACCCAAGUGGUGAAAAACCAGACUACCCACCUGUGUACUGUCUGACUGACUCGUACGAGAAGACAGCGUACUGCCUCGAGUGGAUCUGUAACCACACAUGUUUGGGAACAGUGAACCGCCUCCGUCGCGUCUAUGACCUUGGGGGCCUGGUGGGUGACCUGUACAGCCAGGCUGGGAAACAGAGCAUCUCCAUGACCUCCAUCUCCGACAUGCUGACCUCCAGCAGCUGGGACUAUGUGUCAGGCACAAGAUGUGACUGGCAUGAAGAGAAGGAGUGUAACUUCUGUGCCCUGGCUACCGUGCAGAGAUAUGCCUAUGCCAUCUCAGACGCCAUGUCCCAGAUCUACAACUUCAAGCUGACAGAAAAACACCUUCCCUGCAGCUCCAACAAGCCAUCUAACUACAUCAUCAUACCUCCCUCAGCCAUGUCCAUCCAGUCACGCCCGGCACGGGCCACCUCCCGGGGCAGGGGCUGGACCCCAGGGGCCAGGCAGGGGGUAGGCAGGGGCGUCACGACAGACUACAGUCAGCAGCAGCGACAACUGGAGGAGGAAGAUGAAGAAGAGGAAGCAGAGCUCGAAGACUACAAGACCAGAGUGAGACGGCCCAAGAUGCCAGCUGCCUCAGGGUGGGGCCCUGUCCCCGGGGUCAACUCUACCCCCAACCUUGACUCCCAGGAUGCUUCACAGUGGCCCAGUCUCGGAGGGGGUCCAGGGUCUCAGAAGUUUGCAGGAAGAGUGCAGCCUCCUGAUGCUAGCAGUGCCCCACCACCACCCCUAGCUUGGCAGGCCCCAGGGGUGGGGCUAGGCAGGGGGGCGGGGCAGGGGUGUUCCAUCAGCUGCGGGAGACAUGAAGGAUAUUGCCGCCAACCUUUUCACACAGCCAGGCUACCAGCCACAGGCUGUAGGAAGAGGCAUGCAACCAGUGCGUCUGACAAGUCAGCAGAGGUGCAGCCACCCAGAAUGGCUCUACCUCCAUCAACAGGACUAAUGGGUCAAGGUCGUGGCAUAAGAGUGCCAGGCCAGGGUGUUACCCAGCCUCCUGUUGGCAGAGGCUAUGCUCCCCCAGUCGGCAGAGGCUAUGCCCCGGUUGGCAGAGGCUAUGCUCCCCCAGUCGGCAGAGGCUAUGCUCCGGUUGGCAGAGGCUAUGCUCCCCCAGUUGAUGGAGCCAAUACUCCGCCAGGUAUGAUACAGCAACAGAUGCAGGCCAUGACACUCAACCAGGAGCAGUAACUCAGCAGGCAGCUGUUUGACUACCAGAUAUCAGGAGAGACCUCUCAGUGUUGCCACCUCAGCCCGUGCAAUGAGACAGGACAUGUUCUGACCUCAGCCCGUGCUAUGUGACAGGACGUGUUCUGAUCUCAGACCCUUGAUGGGAGGACGAGGUGUUCCGACCACAGACCGGAGGAGGGAGGGUCAGGAUACUGGGAUCGAGGAUGCGAAUUGUGAAGAUGUUAAAAAAACCAUAGGAAUCCUUAACCUCCGAAAUGCUGGAGGGAGGGAGAUUCGGGGGCAAAUUUUGUUAUGCAAUUAAACAAAUAGUUCUCCUUAUAUUUUACCUAAAAUAAUUGGAGGGCAAAUGUAUGUUGUGUUGUCAUUUGUUCCCAUUUCAAAGAUAAAAGCAAAUUGUGUUACUUCAAGCA